AUUCUCUCUUUAGGUGUCUUAGUUUUCUUGAUAAUAGCACAGAAGGCAAUGGCUAAUGGGGUUGAAAAGACAACAGGGAGAGGCAUCAUGGGUGCAGUGGUAGAUGGCAGUUCACGAAUAGGUAAAGAGCAGAAAGUGGCAAUGAAGAUGGCAGUCAGGGAUUUUAAUAACAGCAAUAAUCAAAGUUUUUUUCUUCAAAUCCAAGACUCUCAGGGACAACCCCUUCAGGCAGCUCUUGCAGCCCAGGAACUUACUGAUAGGCAAAAAGUACAAGCCAUACUAGGACCACAAAGGUGGGAAGAAGCAUCACUAGUUGCAGAGGUCGCUAGCCAAGCCCGCAUCCCAAUUAUUUCUUUAGCUGAUGCAACUCCAGUGUGGGCAACAGAACGUUGGCCAUUUAUGGUUCAAGCCUCGUCCAACCAGGACUUGCAAAUGAGAGCUAUUGCUGCCAUUGUUCAUUCAUGGGAAUGGUAUCAUGUUACUGUAAUUUAUGAAGACAAUGGUUCUUCAAUGGUUGAAGGUAUACCUCUUCUCUCAGAUUCCCUACGAGAAGUAGGUGCAGAAAUAAGCCGUCUUUUACCUGUCCCACCUUCUGUUUCUUCAAUGGUAAAGGAACUAGAAAAGAUUAAACAAGAUCAUUGUAGAGUCUUUCUCGUUCAUUUGUCAGUGCCAUUGGCUAUACGCCUAUUCCAAAAGGCGAAUGAAAUGGGGAUGAUGAAGAAGGAUUAUGUAUGGAUAACUACAAAUGCCUUUACAAGUCUCAUCCAUUCUAUCAACACAUCUACCUUCCCCUCAAUGCAAGGAAUUGUGGGUGUCAGGAGCUAUUUCCCUGAUAAAAAGCCCCAGUUUCAAGACUUUGAUAAAAGAUUUGAAACAUUGUUUGCUUCAGAAUAUCCAGAAGAGGACAUUAACAAGCCGGGAAUUUACGCUGUGCAGGCCUAUGACGCUGCAUGGGCACUAUGUUUAGCAAUGAAGGAAAGCUAUAGCAAGGAUGGACAACACUUGUUAGGUAACAUUUUGACAAAUGAUUUCGACGGCCUAAGUGGACAGAUUCAUUUUAUUAACCAAAAAUUAGCUCCAGCUGAUAAAUUUCAGGUCAUUAAUGUAGUGCAUAGGAGAUAUACAGAACUUGGGUUCUGGUCAGACAGAUUAGGUUUCUCAAAGAGCGUUCAUGAAGGAUCUGCAUACAACUCUUGUAUGAAGAAUUUGGGGCAUAUUUUUUGGCCAGGAGACUCUGAAAGCACUCCUAGAGGAUGGGCUAUUCCAACAAAUUCCAAACCACUUCAAAUUGGGGUUCCAAACAUGUCAUCUUUCAAGCAAUAUGUGAAUGUUGUUCAUAAUCCAAUAAAUAACAAUAAUUCUUUUGAAGGAUUUGCUAUUGACCUCUUCAAAGCUACUGUUGCAAGCAUGCCAUAUUUUCUGCACUACAAAUUUAUAUCUUUUCAGGGAACCUAUGAUAAUUUAGUGGAGCAGCUUCAUCUUAAGAAAUUCGAUGCAGUGGUUGGAGAUGUGGCGUUAGUCGCUAGUCGUUGUGAGCAUGCAGAAUUCACGUAUCCCUACACUGAAUCAGUUUUAGUGAUGAUAGUUCCAGUACAAGCACGAACCUCCAAGAGAGAAUUGUUAUUCAUAAAGCCCUUCACAAAAGCUAUGUGGGCUUUAGCAUUGGCUAUAAAUCUCUACAAUGGUUUUGUUGUUUGGAUGAUAGAGCGAAACUACUGCCCUGAACAUAGAGGCAGUGUCCUCAAUCAAAUUGGAAUCAUGAUUGGAUUGUCUUUCACAACACUCUUCUCUUUGCAAGGGGAAAAACUACAUAGCAAUCUAUCACGGAUGGCAAUGGUGGUAUGGCUGUUUGUGGCUCUAGUCAUCACACAGACCUACACAGCUAACCUCACUAGCAUACUCACAGUGACAGGGCUUGAACCCACAGUAGCUGAUGUCCAGUCACUGCAGAACAGCAAUUCCAUGGUUGGAUAUUGCAGGGGUAGUUUUGUCACAAGAUAUUUGACAGAAGUCUUACGCUUCCGCUCUGAGAACCUCAAGAGCUAUAAGUCACCAGAUGAAUACGCUCAGGGCCUUAGAAGUCGAGAAAUAGCAGCUGCUUUUCUUGAAGCUCCUUUUGCCAAAUUAUUCCUGACAAAGUACUGCAAUGAGUUUAUUGCAGCUGGGCCAACCUACAAAGUUGGGGGAUUUGGAUUUGUAUUUCCAAGGGGAUCACCACUCGUACAUGAUGUAACAAAGGCACUGCUAAAUGUAUCAGAACAUGGUAAGCUGCAAGAGCUGGAGAAAGCAAUGCUUGCUUCUGAGAAGUGUGUGGAUGUGAAAUCAGAAGAUGAAAUUUCCAGCCUUAGCCCCAGCAGCUUUUGGGUACUCUUCAUCUUGACAGGAGGCACAUCAACUGUUGCUCUUGUCAGCUAUUUAAUACAGAGAAGAAAGAUGAUCUGGAGAUUGAUCUUGGCUAUAAUGAUAGGGAAGAAACAGCUCUCUAGGAGGAACAGUAAUGUAGAAAGUCCAGCAAAUUCUGUUGGAAUUAUAGAAUUUAGCAUGCAACCCUAAUAACUUCCAGAGGCAAUAGUAUUUGGUUGUAAAUGAAGCUAAUAGAUGAAUUCUUAACAUUUUGUGCCCAAGUUUAGGACUAACCUUAUACUUCUGUAAUUCACUUGAAUCUUCGGGCAUGUACACAAUAGUUACAGGUAUAUAAGCAUACACCAUAAAGAUUAAAUAGUGCAAUGAUCCAGUGUUUGUUCUUUUAGCACAUAUAAAACAGUUACAAGUAACCGAGAGUUGUGAACUUCAAGAACCAGAAAAAGCCAUGAUUGGUUCUCAAAAGUGUGUAGUAGAUGAACAGGAAUCAUCAGAAGAAGAUGAGACUUUCAGCCAUAG